AUGGUUGAACCACUUGAUUAAAAUAGGAAAACAUCCGAUACUCGUGAUGACGCAUUUUCCAAGAAUACUAUUUAACAAACCUACGAACAAAUACAAAGAAUUUCAUAUUAAGCAGGGUUUUUCGUGAAUGCUUCUUAAAUUCGUAAGGAUGAUGAUUAUUUUGCAUGUGAUGAUUCAGUAAUCAGAAGUCCUACAUACUACACAAAGACUAAUGUAGAUUCUCGGUUUGAUUAUAACUCGGAUCUAAAAUCACUACUUCAGCCUAUGUUCCCACAAUAUGAUGAGGAGACUAAGGCGACUGAUGAUGAAUCUCAGCUUUAGGAUAAUUCAACAUUUAAUAAAAAUAACUAUGAUGAUGAUGCAAUGGAAUUUGAAAAGAGAAUCGAAUAAAGUAUCUAAAAAUCUCCUGAGGGAUCAGGAGUUUAGAGAAAGUCUACAAGAAAACCAGAAGAUGUGAAAUUUAGGACUCUUGAUGAAGAGAGAGCUUCAUUGAAGUUGUAAGGAUAAGAGAAGGGAAGAAAAAGAAGCGCAGAGGAGAGAGUUAAUGUCGAUAGUUUUGAAUUUCUUGGAUUAAUUGGUCAAGGCGCUUAUGGGAAAGUCUUUAUGGCAAAAAAGAAACAAGGGGGUAAAUUCUACGCAAUAAAAAUGAUCUAAAAACAUAAAAUUAUGAAAGCAGGAAAAUAGCAGGAAGUAUUUCGAGAAAGACAAGCAUUGAUAACACUGGAUCAUCCUAAUAUUGUUAAAAUGUAUUGGAGCUUCGAUGAUAAAAAAUAUCUUUAUUUCGUCCUUGAUCUUGCUCCUAACGGAGAGCUCUUUAGCAUCAUCCAACGAGAAGGAAUAUCCCAUCGUGAUCUGAAACCAUCAAAUUUGCUGUUUGAUGAGAAUCAUCAUUUAAAGAUUGUAGACUUCGGCUGCUCAAAAGUAGAAGAAGUUAAAAAGUAAGCAAGACUGAGAUCGUCUAUCUGCAUUGAAAUAAAUCCUCAGGAAUAGUAAAAUAAUAUUGAAGAGUAUCUUACUAAUAAAGAUUCAGCUAAAAUCUAAAAGAAAGCUACUUUGGUUGGAACCGAAGAUUACAUAGCACCAGAAAUUCUAGAUCAAACUUCAGCUGGAAGACCAGCUGAUAUCUGGAGUUUAGGAGUUAUAAUAUAUAUGAUGAUCUGUGGGAGAUCACCUUUUAAAGGAACUAACCAAGUCUAAACAUUCAAUAACAUUUAAAAUGUUAAUUAUCAAUUUACUGAUGACUUUUCUCCUGAUGCUCGAGACCUCAUUUAAAAGUUACUUAAAAGAAAUCCAAUUGAAAGACUUGGAGCUGGAGAGCCUGGAUCUUUGAAUGAUUAUGAUCAUUUAAAGAGUCAUGCUUUUUUUAAAGGAAUAGAUUUUGACAAGGUAUUCCUAAUGAUAACCCCUUAUAACUUUAAGAAAUUCCAACGAAGUACUCUAAGAUAACAACUUCUAGAGCAAAAACAGCAGGAUGAAAGCAGUAAUGAUGUAGUUGUGACUUCAUCAGGGAUAGAAGAAGAGCAUAUAGACGAGAAUAUAUAGUAAAAAUUCUCAGCUAACAUAAUCAUGAAUGGAAAUUUGAAGAAAAAGACCAGAUUAGGAUUUUUCUAUAAGAGAAUCGUAACAUUAACAGAUGAACCAAAAUUACAUUACUUGAAAGAUGUCAAAGAUAAAAUACGAACUAAGCAUAUAGUUAUAGAUCCUGAUAUCACCCGAUUGGAAAGACCAGACAAGACAAAAUUCAGAAUAGUCCUUAUGAUUAAGGGUAAAAAGUAAACCUAUGAAUUCAGAUGUCAUGAUGCUAACGAGUGUGAUUAAUGGGUUCUAAAAAUAUCAAAUGAACUUGAUAAAUGCAAGAACUAAAGUCCAGAUAAGUAUUCCUUCAAUCAGUUUAAAUAAGGAAGUCAAAGUCAAGUAAAUGCGUUGAAAAAGAUGCAAUCCCAAGACUCAGCAUUUAGUAGUAAGUCUUACGUUUCAAAAUCUGCUCACAAGGGUUCAGGCAACCUGCAUGAGUGA